ACAUUUGACAAAGCCAAACAAUGUAUUGGCACAAUGACCAUCGAGAUUGAUUUCCUGCAGAAAAAAAGUAUUGACUCUAACCCUUAUGAUACUGACAAGAUGGCCGCAGAAUUUAUUCAGCAGUUCAACAACCAGGCAUUCUCAGUGGGACAACAGCUUGUGUUUAGCUUCAAUGAAAAACUUUUUGGCUUACUGGUAAAAGACAUUGAAGCCAUGGAUCCUAGCAUCCUGAAGGGAGAGCCUGCGACAGGUAAAAGACAAAAGAUUGAAGUAGGACUGGUUGUUGGAAACAGUCAAGUUGCAUUUGAAAAAGCAGAAAAUUCAUCACUCAAUCUUAUUGGCAAAGCUAAAACCAAGGAAAAUCGCCAGUCUAUUAUCAAUCCUGACUGGAACUUUGAAAAAAUGGGAAUAGGAGGUCUGGACAAGGAAUUCUCAGAUAUUUUUCGACGAGCGUUUGCUUCCCGGGUGUUUCCUCCAGAGAUUGUGGAGCAGAUGGGUUGCAAACAUGUUAAAGGCAUCCUGUUAUAUGGGCCUCCAGGUUGUGGUAAGACUCUCUUGGCUCGACAGAUUGGCAAGAUGUUGAAUGCAAGAGAGCCUAAAGUGGUCAACGGGCCGGAAAUCCUCAACAAAUAUGUGGGAGAAUCAGAGGCUAACAUUCGUAAACUCUUUGCUGAUGCCGAAGAGGAGCAAAGGAGGCUUGGUGCUAACAGUGGUUUGCACAUCAUCAUCUUUGAUGAAAUUGAUGCCAUCUGCAAACAGAGAGGGAGCAUGGCUGGUAGCACAGGAGUUCACGACACUGUCGUCAACCAGUUGCUGUCCAAAAUUGAUGGGGUAGAGCAACUAAACAACAUCUUAGUCAUUGGAAUGACCAACAGACCAGAUCUCAUAGAUGAGGCUCUCCUUCGACCUGGAAGACUGGAAGUUAAAAUGGAGAUAGGCUUACCAGAUGAGAAAGGCCGACUCCAGAUCCUUCACAUCCACACAGCAAGGAUGAGAGGGCAUCAGUUGCUCUCUGCUGAUGUAGACAUAAAAGAACUGGCCGUAGAGACCAAGAACUUCAGCGGUGCUGAGCUCGAGGGUCUGGUGCGAGCAGCGCAGUCCACUGCUAUGAACAGACACAUAAAGGCCAGUACUAAAGUGGAAGUGGACAUGGAGAAAGCAGAGAGCCUGCAGGUGACAAGAGGAGACUUCCUUGCUUCUUUGGAGAAUGAUAUCAAACCAGCAUUUGGCACAAACCAAGAGGAUUAUGCAAGUUACAUUAUGAAUGGUAUCAUCAAAUGGGGUGAUCCAGUUACUCGAGUUCUAGAAGAUGGGGAGCUGCUGGUCCAACAGACUAAAAACAGUGACCGCACACCAUUGGUUAGCGUCCUUCUGGAAGGUCCUCCUCACAGUGGGAAGACUGCCUUGGCUGCAAAGAUCGCAGAGGAGUCCAACUUCCCCUUCAUCAAGAUCUGUUCUCCUGAUAAGAUGAUUGGCUUUUCUGAGACAGCCAAGUGUCAGGCCAUGAAGAAGGUCUUUGAUGAUGCAUAUAAAUCCCAGCUCAGUUGUGUGGUUGUGGAUGACAUUGAGAGACUGCUUGAUUAUGUCCCUAUUGGCCCUCGAUUUUCUAAUCUGGUAUUACAGGCUCUUCUUGUGUUACUGAAAAAGGCGCCUCCUCAGGUAAAAAUAAUAUAAGGAACAUUUUCACAGAGUUUCUCCAACCCUGCUGGGGCCAGCCCUGGAGCAGGUGGAAGAAGGGUGCCAGUUCCCCAACUAUUGGGCAACUUCAGGGAUAAAGAACGCACCACAAUUGCCCAGCAAGUCAAAGGGAAGAAGGUGUGGAUAGGAAUCAAGAAGUUACUAAUGUUGAUCGAGAUGUCCCUACAGAUGGAUCCUGAAUACCGUGUGAGAAAAUUCUUGGCCCUCUUGAGAGAAGAAGGAGCUAGCCCCCUCGACUUUGAAAAUGAACUAUUUUCAGAUACAAAGUGA